AUGGUGAGGCGGCAUCACUGUCCACAUGUCCCUACCAAGAUUUAUGAUCAAACAGAGAAACCAUGUCUUCUCUCCGAAUACACCGAAAACUACCCUGUCCACCACUCUUACCUGCCCAGAGAGUCCUUCAAACCCCGGAGGGAGUACCAGAAAGGGUCCAUACCGAUGGAAGGCCUGAGCACGUCAAGGAGAGAUUUUGGGCCUCACAGAAUAGUACCAGUGAAAGUCUACCAGCCCAGACAGUUCAUCCCAAGUGAAGAGAAUAUGGAUUUACUCACGACUUAUAAACAAGAUUACAACCCCUACCCUCUCUGUCGAGUGGACCCCAUCAAACCUCGGGACAGUAAAUAUCCAUGUGGUGACAAGAUGGAGUGUCUGCCUACUUACAAAGCUGAUUAUUUACCUUGGAACCAACCAAGACGAGAGUUACUUCGUCCGGAACACAGACAGUGGCUGACAUCUGCCAAAUUUGAAAGCAGAACCACACACCAGGAUGACUACUCCAUGAAAGGCCUUGUGAACACCAGAAGCUGUAAACCCCCAGCCAUGCCCAAGCUCUGUAACGUCCCCUUGGAGGACCUGACCAACUACAAGAUGAGCUAUGUGGCGCACCCUGUGGAGAAGCGCUUUGUGUAUGAGGCAGAGAAAUUUAGACCCUGUGAAAUCCCCUUUGAGAGCCUCACCACACACAAAGAGUCCUACCGGGGCCUAUUAGGUGAGCCUGCUAAGAGCUUGAAGCCUCCAGCCAGGCCACCUGGGACCGACACACCUUUCUCUAACACCACUGAGUUUCGAGAUAAGUACCAAGCUUGGCCCACGCCCCAGAUAUUCUCCAAAGCUCCAGUUGCUUAUGUCCCUCCUGAAGAGAAGAUGGAUUUUCUGACAACUGUGCAAGCCCAUUAUACGUACCCUAAGGGAGCCCCUGCUCAGCCCUGCCGACCCGUGCUCCCGAUCAAGAAGAGCUGCCGCUUUGAAAGCUCUACCACCACCAAGGACGACUACAGGCAGUGGGCCAGCACACGGACAGAAAUGGUCAAGCCCAUCCCCCAACUGAGCUUUCCCUCAGAGCCCUUGGACUGUCUGACCACCAGUCGGGCCCACUAUGUGCCCCACCCACCUAUCAAUACCAAAAGCUGUAAGCCCCCGUGGUCUGGUCCACAAACAAAUAUUCCUUUGGAAGGCCAGACCACCUAUACCAUCAGCUUCACUCCCAAGGAAAUGUGCAAGUGCCCAGCUGCAUACCUUGAGCCCCCUGGCUACAUCUUUGAGGAAGUGGAUGCUCUGGGGCACAGGAUAUAUAGGCCUGUCUCUAGGGCAGGCUCUCGGCAGAACAGUUAUCUCUCCGUAGCUGAUGCAGAAAACCCUGACCAGAGGGAUUUGGCAGUGUCAGCCUGA